AUGGCUGAUCCGGAAUUAGCUAGCAAGUUGGAAAAAAGGCUUGCUAAGUUAAGCGUGCAUGAGCCUCCCGAUCCAGAAUCUCCAUCACAUGCCUCUUCUAUUCCAGUACCUCCGCCACCGCCGCCACAGAAAGAGCAGACGCCACCGAUGCGCGUUAUUCCAGACGAUGAAGUCACCGACAUGGAUAAGCUUAUUGGACAGACGCUGCGUGCGCGGCAAGUAACCUCACAAAAAGCAUCAGCUGGCCUAUCAGCCUGGAUGGAUUACAGACCAGAAACGUGCAAAAAAGAAUCUGCCGUUGCUCAGGAUCGAACUUUCGAGAAACCAGCAGAAGCGCCAGUAGCUACAGCGGCCGGUCACCUCGAUAACAAUCGGAAAGCCAACUCACCUCCAAAGUGCAGUCCUCCGGUAGUGGCUAUUGUGCAUCACAAAAACAGCCGCGGCGAAUUACGGAAACAGUUUAGUUGUGAUGAAUAUAUGCUCCAGAAGGCAUACGAGGGCUUGUAUAUAUAUAUGUGCUGGAACACUGCGGACCUUACACUGUGGCAGUUCCUAGCACGAUCGAAUAUUGACAAGCAUAUCCGAUUGAGUUAG